AAAAAGAAAAAAAAAGGCAAUAUUAUAAUUAUUGGGUUGCGAUCACCUGGUUUCGAGUUCAGUGCAUCUGAAACGUGGCGGCAAGUUAUUGGACGAAGUAUAAUUUGCCGAAUGUUUGAGUCACCCACCAAGAGGGUGGGUGAGGUCGAAAUUCCAAACAGUUGGAAAUGGAGAUGGGCGGUGCUCUGUUUCUUCUACUUUUCUGCGGCCCCAUUUGAUUUUAGUCUUGAUCAACGAGGAGCCGACAGAUCCACCACUUCCAAAAGCUUCCCAAGUUUACCCUCAACUUCGAAAUCGCCACUCCAUUUCUUGAAAUCGAAGUUGCUGUAUGGAAAUGUGUGGAAAUGAAUUGUCAGACUGGUUGCGGCGGUGAAGAUCGGGAAAAUUCUGAAUCGGCGGCGGAAGAGAAAAUGGUGGUCUCUGCAUCUUCGUCUUCCUGCAGAUUCAGUGGACUACGGCAAUGGGUCUUCACUGUAAGCCGGUGGGGUUGCGAGUAGACGGUGUGGUAAUAGUCGUACCAUUUUCCCAUAUAACUACUUCAACCGCUUUCAACGAAAACCUUGUUUGGACGGAGGAAUUUAAGGCCUUCAUUCUGCUCUGUUUUCAAACACCGAUGGCGCCACUUUAGCCGACUUCUCUUCCUCUUCUUUCGUUGAUUCUCCUUGUUUUCUUUUGAUUCUGACGUUUUCUUAUGGCUUCUGUGGAAUUGGGGAAGCCGAGUUAUGAGGCUGUGAGCCAAGGGGAAAACAGAGGACGAUUCGAGAAUGAGAAGAGAGAAGAAGCGAGAAAUGGGAUGAAGAAGAAUGGAAAUCGUACAGUAUCGUCUUCCUUACCUAUGCUCGGAUGCGGAUGUUUCAGAGUACAACGCGAUGAGGAAGGGAAUUUGGAUAUAGACGUCGUCAAUGGCUCUGGGGAGCGUCCGCAGCCCACUCACCUUCUUAUAAUGGUUAACGGUCUCUUUGGCAGUGCCAAAGAUUGGAAAUAUGCAGCGGAGGCGUUUUUGAAGAUGUAUCCUGAAGAUAUUGUUGUUCAUUGCAGUAAACGUAAUUACUCAACAUUGACUCUUGAUGGUGUUGAUGUGAUGGGAGAAAGACUAGCAGAAGAGAUUUUGUCAGUUAUCAGGACACAUUCCAGUGUCCAAAAGAUCUCAUUCGUAUGCCAUUCAUUAGGCGGACUGAUAGCAAGGUAUGCCAUUGCAAAGCUUUAUGAGCAAGAUGCACUAAGAGAAGAUGUCCAAGUAAAUGGAGAGUAUGACAAACAUGGGCUUAGAGAUCAAAGCAAAGAAGAGGAAUUUAAAGGAAAAAUAGCAGGGCUGGAACCAAUUAAUUUUAUAACAUGUGCGACCCCACAUCUGGGUUCAAGAGGGCAUAAACAGGUUCCUAUGUGUUGUGGCUUUUAUGCCCUGGAAAAAGUAGCUGUUGGCACAUCAUAUUUCUUUGGAAGAACUGGGAGGCAAUUAUUUUUAAUUGACAAGGACAGUGGAAAAUGCCCCCUUCUUUUUCAUAUGGCUGGUGAUCGUGAAGAUCUCAAAUUUUUAUCUGCUUUGCAGUCGUUUAGGCGACGUGUUACCUAUGCUAAUGCACGUUACGACAACGUCGUUGGAUGGUGUACAUCUUCUAUCAGGCGUCACAAAGAGUUGCCAAAGCUCAAAGGGUUAUCAGGCGAUAGUAAAUAUCCAUAUAUUGUAAAUGUAGAGAUGGCAAAAAUUUCCAGUCCUGAGUUAUAUGUGCCAUCAGAGGCCGAAGCCAAUGGAUACAAGAAAGCUGUUUUGGAAGAAGAAAUGAUCAAAGGUUUAUCGAGCGUGAGCUGGGAGCGGGUCGAUGUUGACUUUCACAAAAGUAAACAAAGGAAUAAUGCUCACCUUACUAUUCAGGUUAAUAGGUACAAAGACAAUUCCGAUGGCGCCUGUGUGAUCCAACAUAUGAUUGACAAUUUUAUCUUGUAGCAUGCAACAAAUUGAAUUCUUGUCAAUGAAUUUCAAGUUCUCAAACGAACAACACCCUGGAAGGAAAGCACGCUCGCUUACGCGCUGGGUUGAUCGUUGCUAAUAACAUCUAUAAUUAGACUGAAUUGGCUUGAGCAUCAGGUACAGAGUCGUGUUGUUUAGUUCAAAAAGUAUUCUUUGUGCAUCAAGAAGGCAAAGUAGCAGAAUAUGACUCAUGAUUCCUACUGUUUACAAGUGAAGAGGCCAGUUUUGUGUUAAAAAGACUUGGAAGCAUUUGCACAUUCUUGAGGUUUGUGGUGUUGAAUACAGCAAUAGCGGCAUUGAAUUGAUUCUUUAAAAAUUCUCUAGCUCUCGAAGCUGUAGCCUCUCCUUUGAUAAGAACUGUAUUCUCUUUUACUUCGGCACUUUCCGCCAAUAAACAUUCAUUUUGCAUAGAAUUUAACAAAAAGUGCUACUUGUACGUGCCAGAGAAGCACAAAGAAUAGUCUGCAGCAAGUGGAAGUGAAAUGAGAGAAUAUAAUUUUGCUUUCCUUUAUCA